AUGGCGGCACGAGGAAAGAAGUUCACCGUCGGCGUGUUUGGCGCCCCAGGAUCAGGCAAAACGACACUCAUCCAUCAGUACUUCUUCGGGAGAUAUCACGAAGAGCACAAACACAUGGUGCAUUACGCCAAAAUGGUUGACGUCGAUUCCGAACUGAUCGAACUCGACAUCAUCGAAACGACCAAGGACCCCGGCGACUUCCCAGAGUUCGACGCCAUGAUCUUCGUCUUCAGUACUUCCUCGACCAUGACCUUCCACUCGGUCAUUCCGUACCACAACAGCCGCAGGCGUCUCAUUGCCUUGGUCGGCAUCAUGACCGACUACCACGGGCAGACGGUGGCGUACGACGACGGCCUCGAUCUCGCCAAGUGCAUGGGCGCGGGAUACUUUCACUUCUCUCCCAAAUAUGGCUGCGGCGUGCAGACGCCGUUUGAGUUCCUGCUCCGCCGAUUUGUCGUCCAGCAGCCCAAGCGGGCCGAGAUCAUCCAGGUGCCGUCCUUCAAUCUCUACCGGUGGAUCCGGGCCAAAUGGUAUGUCUACCGAAUCAAGAAGCCCAAGAGCAAGGUCCGGCGUAUCAUGCUAGAAUCACUAGGCGACGACUCGGACAGCAUCGACUGGGCCAAAUAUCUCGAAGAACGCAGAUGA